GUGAAUUGAUGGGGAAGAUCAGUAUACACGAAAGCCUGCAGUGAAUCGAGUUAUUGUAACAGAAAAAAAGUAAAUGAAAUUUAAUUUUUUGCUUGGAUGAAAUAGAGAAUGAAAGAAAGUGUUAAAAAGGAUUAUUUCGUUAUAAAAUGCAAAAUUCGAUAGCAUAUGUGUGUUUAAUAAGAUUUUAAGAGGUUGGCGUUAAAUAAAAAUUAGAGCAAUUGAUACGAAAUCAUUAGUGUGCAGAGUGAGAGUUGAUAAAUUGCAAUUAAAGAAUCAUCGGUAAGGUUAUUCUGGCUGAACAGAGAGAACCGUUAAUUAAAGUCGCGUAUGCGUCUGGUGAGCAAGUAAAAGGUUUUGUUUAUCGAAGACCGUUGCCUAAUUUAUUCACUAUGAGUGAACAGGAUGUUGAUGAUGCAGCUUUUCUUACAGGAGACAGCAAUACCGGCUUACACAAACGAAGCAUUUAUGAACAUAAUGGGGUUGCUGUUUGUUCACCAAAACGUGCAUUAUGCAUUGCUACACUUGUUUUUUCUAUUCUCUUGGUCAUAUCACUUAUCAUUGCAUUUGCGGGACCACAAAAUUUUUUAAAUUUUUUAGACUGCCCUUGUGCUGGUGAAAGACCAGAAAAUAUUGAAAUUGAUGAUGAUGAUGCGAGUUCUGAUCCUCUAGCAACUAAUGGAGAGAUUUUCCCGUGGGAUAACGUUAGGUUACCAUCAUUUGCACAUCCUACAAGAUAUAACAUCACUAUACACCCUAAUCUUACGACCCUAGAGGUCAAAGGACAAGUAACUAUAGAGUUCUAUGUCGACAAAGAAACAAAUUUUAUCGUCUUCCACAGUAAAAAUUUGACAAUAACAGAGAAAAUGGUUCAAAACCGUAAGGGACAUGAUAUGAAAAUAGCGAGAUUAUUAGAAUAUCCAAAGCAUCAACAAUUAUAUUUAGAGCUUGAAGAGAGUAAAUUUCGCAAGAGAGGAAAUUAUUCAGUCCAUUUGAGAUUCGUUUCUCAACUUACUAGUGAAUUAGAAGGCUUUUAUCUCAGUACCUAUACCACUGCUGAUGGUGAAAAGAGAUAUUUAGCAACGACACAUUUUGAGCCUACUUAUGCUCGUUCAGCUUUUCCCUGUUUCGAUGAACCCCAAUUUAAAGCAAAAUUUCGUGUCUCAAUAUUUAGAGAUCGAUUUCAUAUAGCUCUAUGUAACAUGCCAAUAAUGAAUACAGAGGAUGCAGGCUUUUAUAUGGGUCGAGGACUGCUCCGAGAUGACUUCCAGGAGUCGGUGGAGAUGUCAACCUACUUGGUAGCAUUUGUGGUUUGUAACUUUAAACGUAUUUCACAACUAACAAGUCGGAAUAUUUCUGUAAGUGUCUAUGCAUCAGAGUCAAUGCUUUCACAAGCACAGUAUGCUCUUGAUACAGCAGUAAAAACUAUGGAUUAUUACGAAUCAUUCUUCGGCAUUCAUUAUCCCCUUCCAAAGCAAGAUCUCAUUGCUAUACCUGAUUUUGCCGCUGGUGCAAUGGAGAACUGGGGUUUAAUUACGUACAGAGAAGCUUCAAUACUUUACGACCCCAAAGAAACAUCAACAGUAGCUCACGAAUGGGUAGCAAUAGUAAUAGCUCAUGAAUUAGCACAUCAGUGGUUUGGUAAUUUAGUAACCAUGAAAUGGUGGAAUGAUUUAUGGCUGAAUGAAGGAGCAGCAAGUUUUAUUGAAUACAAAGGAGUUAAUCAUGUAUCUCCCGAGUGGAAUAUGAUGGAUCAAUUCGUACUAGACAAAACGCAAUCAGGACUAGUCUUAGAUGCACUCACGACAUCUCAUCCAAUCAGUGUUCCUGUUAAAGACCCAUCAGAAAUCGAGGCUAUUUUUGAUACAAUAAGUUACAAUAAAGGAGCUUCAAUUCUCAAUAUGUUAGAGGGUUUCCUGGGUGAAGAAGUCUUUAAAAAAGGCCUUAAUGAGUAUUUGAAAACUCGAGCAUAUGGUAAUGCUGAUACUAAUGAUUUAUGGUCAGUGUUCACGAAGCAUUCGAAUAAGACAUUUGAUGUCAAAGCUAUCAUGGAUACUUGGAUCCAUCAAACUGGAUUUCCAUUGAUAACUAUCAAGAGAGAUGGGAAAGUUAUAACAGCUUCCCAGAAAAGGUUUCUGCUGACACCACCGGAUAAUGAAACAGAAGCUAAUCAAAAAUCACAGUUUAAUUACAAGUGGUACGUUCCACUUAGUUACUUCACUGAUAAGGAUCCAAGCACUGUUUACAAUGUAUGGAUGAAUAUGUCAGAUGUGACUUUCGAAAUCCCUGAAGAAGUAAACUACAUCAAAUGCAACGUAAAUCAAUCAGGAUUCUACAGAGUAGCUUAUCCUGAAGACAUGUGGAAUUCUAUCAUUGAUACUCUGAUGACUAAUCACCAUGUGCUUACACCAAUUGAUCGGGCUAGUUUGAUAGAUGAUGCUUUUACACUCUCAGAUGCUGGAGAAAUAAAUGCAACUAUCCCUUUGAGACUGUCGUUAUAUUUACUUAAAGAACGAGAUUAUAUCCCUUGGGCUACAGCACUGAGUUACUUACACUCGUGGAAAGAAAAAUUAGGGGAAAGCGCUGGAUAUAAACGGUAUAUUAUUUUUUUGAAGAAGCUUCUAGGUCCAGUUACUGAAUAUGUUGGAUGGAAUGAUGAAGGAUCACAUCUGACAAAAUUAUUAAGGAUAGCUGUUCUUCAAGCAGCAGUGGAACUAAAACUAGAAUCAGUUUUAAAGCCAGCCAAGAAUUUAUUCGAAGAAUGGAUGCAUCGUCAGAAAAAAAUAACACCCAAUUUACGUGACGUUGUUUAUAUAGCAGGUGUAAGAUUUGGUGGUGAAGAAGAAUGGAAUUAUUGUUGGAAAUUAUAUCAGAAAACCCAGGUACCAAGUGAAAAACGUAUUAUGCUGCAAGCUCUAGGAUCAGCAUCUGAUCCAUGGCUACUACAGCGGUACUUAUUGAAGACAUUAGAUCGUGAGAAUAUUAAAUCACAAGAUAUUGAAGCGGUUAUCUCGUCAGUGGCGAGAAAUCCAGAUGGUCAUUUUUUGGCAUGGCGCCAUUUAAAAGCAUAUUGGCCCAUGUUUCAUUCACUUUUUGGGAAUGGAUCUCUCACGAUGAGUGGAUUAUUCUCGACGGUGAUAUCUGAAUUUUUUACAGAGUAUGAUUAUCAAGAAGUAACCAAGUUUUUCAGCGAUAUUGAUGUUGGCAGUGGACAAAGAGCACUAGAACAAAGUCUGGAAACUAUCAGAUUCAACAUCAGAUGGGUACAAGAGAAUGCAGACACAAUUGACGAAUGGUUAUUAGAUUAUGUAAAGGAUAAUCUUGGAUAAGUACAUUUCCUUUUUUUAAUUAAAGAAAGGUAGACAAUAUAAUUUCAUUGUAUUCAAAGAAACAAGUAAACCAUUAAUCAUUCUUAUACAUCAUUAGUAUCAGAAUUGAUGUGAUAAUCUCAUCAAAUAAAAUCAUUUCUCAAUAAUCAUAUCAAAAU